UUUAAAGCCUGUUCGUGGAAGCCCUAGCCGUCUCGGGCUUUAGUAUAUAAUCAGAUCUAACGAGGGCGGAAGGAGCUCGGAAGCUAGCGGCGGCGGCGGGGGGCAUCGAGGCGAUAAUCACCACCGGACUGCCAAGAUGGGUAUCUCACGUGACUCGAUGCACAAGAGGCGCGCCACCGGAGGCAAGAAGAAGGCCUGGAGGAAGAAGAGAAAGUAUGAGCUGGGAAGGCAGCCUGCGAACACAAAGCUCUCUAGCAAUAAGACGGUGAGACGAGUGCGAGUUCGAGGAGGCAAUGUGAAGUGGAGGGCACUCAGAUUGGAUACUGGGAAUUACUCAUGGGGAAGUGAGGCCGUGACACGCAAAACCCGUAUCCUCGAUGUCGUCUACAAUGCCUCCAACAAUGAGCUUGUGAGGACUCAAACCCUAGUAAAGAGCGCAAUUGUUCAGGUUGAUGCUGCCCCCUUUAAGGCAUGGUAUCUCCAGCAUUAUGGGAUCGAGCUUGGAAAGAAAAAGAAGAACCCAGCGGCAAAAAAAGAGGCAACUGAGGGCCAAGAGGGAGAAGGUACUACAGAAGUAGUUAAGAAGAGCAGUAGCGUACUGCGGAAGCUAGAAAAGAGGCAGCAGGAUCGGAAACUCGAUCCCCACAUUGAGGAACAAUUUGGUACCGGAAGGCUCUUGGCCAGCAUAUCCUCGCGCCCUGGCCAGUGUGGCAGAGCUGAUGGAUACAUAUUAGAAGGGAAGGAGCUUGAGUUCUACCUCAAGAAGAUACAACGGAAGAAGGGCAAGGGAGCAGGAGCCUCCUAAUUAUGCAACACUCCUUGAUUAUCUUUCUGUAGUUCAUUUCGGAAUGCCGUUGUUUCAUUGAGAAUGUAAUGCAUUAAACUUUAAGAUGUGUUUCUUUUUGAAUUUUUAGCACCAGACACUAUAAACAAAUCUUAAUUUGGCCUAAUUUGAUCAAUCUCGUGGUUAAUUUCA